AGAGAGUUCAGGACGGUCCGGGCGGCUGCGGGGCGAGACAUGACGGCUCUUUGGGUGUGGCGGAGUCCGGGCCACGGCGGGCGUUGGGCAGUGCGGGCAAGUGGGGAUUGUUAGGUUCGUCCUGGUCACGCCGCCCCAUGGCACAGGCGUCCCACUCGGGUCGCCUUCUGCCUCCACUCGCUCCGGCGCCGCAGUUGUGGGCGCUAGCCGGGGCCGCUGGGGAGGAGCAGUGGGAGGCCGGGCGGGCGGGCGCUCUCGGCGGGGACGUUCGUGGCUGGCCCGGGCUGCCGGUUGUCCGGAGCAUCCCCAGCUUCGACCCACAGCCCGGCGGAGCUCCGGGAGGGCGGUCGUGGUGGGCGGCGCUGGCGGACACGGGAGAGCACCAUGAGGUGGGCGCUGCAGACCCGAGGCAGGAGCCCACCGCCGGCGGGUCGAUGCCUCCUGCGCUGCAGCGUCUCCGGGUCGUGUUGUUGCGGCUGCACCGCGAGCGGGAGCAGCUCCUCCAAGCCCGGGACUGCGCCCGCCACCUACAGGCGGCCGUGCGCCUUUUGGGGAUGCUGAGUCCCGGCUUGUGGAACCCUGGCCCCGGCCCCUUGCCUCAGCUGUGCCGAGACCUGCUGCCGCCGCUUUCCCGAAUGGCAGUCCUGCGCUCCGGCCUUCGCGGGACUCCGGAGCCGCUACUCCUGGCGCGCCCCAUGGGACUAGCUGCCCAGCGCCUGGAUGCUGUCAUCGAGAUGCAGCUUCGUGCUCUGGGCCGGGCGCCCGCCGCCCCCGGCCUGUCAUCCCAACUGUCUGGCCUGCUGCUGGCACUUCGCACCUACCAUCAGGUGCAGGAAAAAGCCUUAAGCCACGUCCCAGGGGCAGCGCGUCCUUUCUCCCCAGCCCGAGUGCUCUGCCUCCUAACGGGGGAGCGGGGUUGCCAGGUGGCAGAUUGGCUGAAUGAGGCGCCCAGGGGAUCGGACUUGGGGGACCAGCUCCGCAGGCGAUGUUAUGAGGAGCAGGAGCUGCUGCCAGGGCUCCUGAAUCUGAUGGAGGGCGUCGCAGGUUCAGCCAGCAGUGGACCAGGGCUUGGAGGGGCUGGAGCCCUUUGGAGCCAGUACUGGACCCUGCUAUGGGCAGCCUGUGCUCAGAGUCUGGACCUAAGGCUAGGACCCUGGAGUGACCCCAGGGCAGCGGCACAACAGCUGAGUCAGGCACUGGAUCAGGCAUCCCUGCCUCAGGAGUGUGAGAAGGAGCUGGCUUCUUUGUGUCAUAGCCUAUUUCAUCAAUCUCUUAUCCGGAGCUGGGACCAAGUCUUCUGCCAAGUCUUGGGAUCUGCUGGUGAUCAGAGCAGCCUUUCUUCAUCUUCUCAUACCAGUGAACUUCUGCAACAGCUCUUCCCUCCUCUCUUGGAUGCCCUUCAAGAGCCCAGGUCAGGGUUGCUCCUCCGUCAGCCUCCAGGUCCUGUACCCCUUGCCCUGGGGCUCUGUGCCUUGCAGACAACCUUACUCUGGUUUGGAGGCAGAGCUCAGCAGCAUCUGGCAGCAUGGGCCCCAGGUUCCUUCCUGCUCCUGAUUCAUAAGGACUUACCUCCUCUGUUACACCAGGCAGAAGCUCUAUCUAGUCUGGCCUCAAAGGAAAGCUUGGCCCUGGAGGUGGAAGAGCAGCUGGGCCUGGAAAUCCGGAAGCUGACAAUACAGAUCCAGCUCCUCCCUGAAGAGUCACUAAGUCUCUUUUUUCAAGAAUGUCAUAAACAAGCUGCACAGGGCUUCGAACUUCACAUGCCACAGGGUCGGUACUGGCGGCAUCAUCUCUGUUCUGAACUUCCCCGUAUUCCUAGUGAGUAUGCUGGGUUGGUGGUCCGUACUGUACUGGAGCCUGUGUUGCAAGGAUUGCAGGGUUUGCCACCUCCAGCCCAGGCCCCUACCCUUAGCCAGGCAUUGACAGCCAUCCUGGGUGCCUGGCUUGACCACAUCCUCACCCAUGGGAUCCGGUUCAGCCUGCAGGGGGCACUGCAGCUUAGACAAGAUUUUGGAGUGGUCCGGGAGCUGCUGGAAGAAGAGAGGUGGGGCCUGUCCCCUGAACUUCGCCAGACUCUGCUCAUGCUCAGUGUCUUCCAGAGGCUAGAUGGGGCCCUGCUGUGUCUAUUGCAGCAGCCCCUGCCUAAGACUCAAGUCCACAGAAGGCCUUCCUGUUGCUGUGCAGGUAAUGAGGUCCAGACAUCGGAAUUGCCCAGCAGCAGCCUCAACAGCUUGGAGAGCUUGGAGCCCCCUCUUCAGCCUGGAGCACCCCCAACCCAGACAGCUCAGGUGCUAGGCACGCUAUGGGGUGGGGGACCUAGCCCUCAGGCUUACCUGGUGGGAAAUCAGCAGGCCUGGCUUGCCCUGAGGCAGCACCAACACCGCCCCUGGUGGCACUUGCCUUUUCUUUCCUGUCUGGAGACCACUCCUGAAUCCUAAGGAAUCUUAUCAUCAGCCCUUUCUGGCUGGGAAAGCCCAGAUAUUUGGAACCGCAUGAUAAAGAAGCAUAUAAUUGGAAGCUUGGAAGAAAACAUACCUGAGAACUACAAACUACACAGAGCCUGGACUUACAAGCUAAGAAUCCAAGAUCACACAGUA